UUCCUGGAUCAACAUCCUUUAAAAAGGGACGCAAAAGAGAAGCACAAACUAAAAAGUCAAAAACAGACAUCUAACUGGGAGCCAGCAGCUGUAAGGAUGAUGCUUUCUUCAAGUGUCUUUAUCCUCCUCUUGUUUUUCCUCUGCCCAGGCCAGCCUGCACCCCAGUGUGCUGUGCCCAAAUCACAAAAAGAUCUUGUCACCCAUCUGCUCAGCCUGAUGGUCCAAGCUGAGAAAGGUUUGAAUUCCAAUCCCAGCCUUCUCCUGGGCCUGAGACUGGCACAGCAGCACAACCUGCCAGUGGAGCAAAGCGCACUAACCAAACUACAGCAGGAUGCGGUCAGCAAGGUCAGAGGAGGUCUGCCAUUCUCCUCUGGCAAUGUGGCAUUAUACUGCAUGGCAAUGCAGGCCAGCUGUCACAAUCCCUCUGACAUCCCGGCUUCUGACCUUCCUGGUGGUAAACUGAAUCUGGUGAACGUGCUGGAAGAGAAGCUGGUGGAGGAGAUUUUUAAUAUUGAAAAAGUUGGCUCGCCAGUCACCAACUACUAUCAGGUCAGUCUGGACGUGCUGGCCUUUGUGUCUAAUGGGUAAACCCAUGACUGCCCUCACCGCACAAGUCCUGAUUGACGCAGCAAAAACCGACAAGUUCAACCUGAGCGGGACCUUCUCCGUGGACACCGGCUCGGUUGCUGUCCUGGCUUUGACCUGUUUGAAGCAAUUCAAGACCAUCCAGGCCUUUCCUACUUUGCAAUCCAGGAUUGAAUCCACCAUAAGAAAGCUGAUCGCAAAGAUUCAACAGCAUAAGCAGGAGAAUGGAAUCAUCGGGAACUUGUACAGCACUGGUUUGGCAGCACAGGCACUGAUUGUGAAUCAGGUGAAUUUCAACUGCAACAAAACCAUCAAGACUAUCCUGGCCCAAGUUUCCUCUGGAGCUUUCGAUAAUCCGAUGACCGCCUCCCAAAUUGUUCCAUUCCUCGGUGGCUACACCUAUUUGAACGUGAGCAGCCUGAAAUGUACAGCUGACCAGAAUAAUCUGCCACUGCCAGCGCCCACCCACACCAGCCCACCAUCAUCCUCAAGCAUUAGUGUCCAAUUCACUGUGGCGAACCCUUUCCGUAAUUCCAGCAAUUCCAUUGAUGUGUCAGUACUGGAUGGCUCCACUUUGCUGACGGUAAUGGAGAGGGCAGCUCAGCUUGAUCCACAACAUUUCAGCUUCACUACUCAAUCAUCCGUGUAUGGACCCUUUGUGACCAGCAUUCAGGGCGUUGCAGGGAGUUCCACUGACCACACCUACUGGCAAUUUCUCAGUGGAACAACUAGCUUGUCCCAAGGUAUUGGAGACUACAAGCCCAAGAAUGGAGAGCACCUUGUGGCCCUUUUUUCGACAUAUUAGCUGACAAGCAAGAGGAAACUCAAACUGUCUUCUCAGUUGCUGCCCUGAUCUGUCGCUGAACACGUCUCGCUUAAUGACUGAAGUGCUGUUUUGAGUUUGAAAUGUCUGUCGUAGUUUUCUUAUCUUGAAAGUUCUCACUUUUGCUUUUCUCACCACACCAUUGCACCAUCUUUGGAUCUAAAAAUAAGUGCUGCCAAUUAAUUUCCUGCAGGGCUUUUUCCUUGCGGCAAAGUUGUCACUGAUAUAAUGGGUACACGAUGCCUGUGCUGGGUGUAGCUAAACCCAUGAACCAAAAAUGAGGUGCCAGGCAUUCUUUGGAAAAAGCGGAAUACAUGACUUCUACACCCUGCAUAAGUUAGCCAAAAAAAAAAUAUUACUGUUUUGACAUUUAAAAAUGAAAAUGAAAAUAAAUAAAUAAAUAAUUGCAUCUGUGAUAUGAGAGCAGAACUGGCACACCUGCUCCUGGGAAUCUGCUGAGCUGUAUUUGGAGUAUGAUGGAGUGCAGCAGGAUGAACAUUUGGAUUUGGAGCAACUGUAGCCAGGCUCAUGUGUGUGUGUGUGUUGUAUGCUCUACAGGCAAACAGGACUUAAGUUUAUAUCCAAAAUUCAUAUCCAUUUUUAUCAAGCGUCUCAGAAUUACUCCUAGGAAUGGUAUCCUAUCUGACUAGAAUAAGAAUUUUUCUUACCGCAGAGUAGGAUGCGAAAAGUGGUAAAGUGGCCUACAUCCGCUCGGAGGCCAUGUCUGAUUUUAUGGCUGACUGAAGCAGCAAAAUGGCACUCGUAAAGGCAUUUUUUCAAUAGACUUUAGUUGCGGACCUCCAGAGAUCCAAUCCAACUUACAGCAUUCGAGGUACGAUUGAUUACAUUUAUUGGUGGAGGUCAGUGGUGGGAUUUGAACCCACAACCUGCUUGUUAUGAGGUCCAAAGGCUCAAGCACUGCACCACACUGUAUAUACUUCUCAGUAUACAGCUGGAGGGAGGGCUCGACAGUAGUGACAUGAUGGUGGACCAGCACUUUGGGAUACCACCUAUAGAAUACAAGGAGUUGACACUACAUCAUUACAAAAAUGUAUAAAAUCCCAACAGAAAUGACAAAAAAAAAAAUAUAUAUGAAAAGUAUUCAUUCAAAAAGAACAAUAAAACUACAGAUAAAAAACCUGGCUGAAAUACAGAAAUCGCAAGGUGCCUUUUAUGGUUUCUGCUCUGCCUCAGGUUUUGUUUAUUCAUUUCAUUGUUUAAUCAUGACGUUUUCAAAUUUGUUCAUUCUGUUUUUUCAUUUGGUUUUGUGCAGGUAAAAUUGUUAUGUGUGCAUUAAUGUUCUCUGAUGUUCCUUGUACAUUGUGGGCGGAACCUCCCAAGAGGCGGGGCUACCUUUACCUCAGAGCUCAUGGACCGCCCUUAGCCUAUAAAUUUAGGCAGGGAAGCAAGUCAUUAAUACUCUGACUUUCUUUGAGUGAACUUUCUUCUGCUUCACUUUCUGAUUGCAUUAUUGGAACUUAUUUUUCUUUUUGGGUUACUUUUUGCCUUUUUGUUAUUUUGGUAACUUGCUAAUAAAUUCUUGCUCAAGCAAAA